GCUAUCUGAGGUUUUCAUCGCAAUCUUUCUGUGUUCAGUCAGGGCGAAGCGUGUGCUCCCAGACAAAGAUUUGUGGUCACUGAAACAAGGUCAAGUGUACUAUACAAAAUAGAGCAACAGAUAAGAAAGGUGACGCAAGUCCAAGACAACAGAAACGGCCUAGUACAUUUAGUUGAGUUAGAUAAUGAUUAGUCCGUUUGCUUUACGAAAACCUCAACAUGUUGUUUAUUUUACUACUCCUCGGAUCUGUUGAUUGCUAUUUAAUGAACAAUCCAGAGCCACCGAGUUCCGAACAUACCCUGGCAGAACAAGUGCAGAUGUUGAUGGAGCAGAUUAUUCAUCUGCAAAAUGACGUCAGCGAUUUGAAAAAUCAAAUAUCUGUGCUAAAUGCAAAAGAUCUCAGCAUCGCGUUUUUCGCCUAUCUGAAAAACGAUUUGGUCAACGUUACUAAGGGAACCUCUCUCUCCUUCUCCGGAAUCAGAACUAACAUAGGAAACGCAUACGACCCACUACACGGAAUCUUCGUGGCUCCCGCCUCCGGUUCUUACAAUUUCGCAUUUUCCGGCAGCGCACAACCAGCAUCCCAAGAUCAUGGUCUCCACAUCUUCUUGAAAAAGAAUGGAGUAAGUGAAAUGUACGUUUUCUUUGACCACAAUAGCCACGAGUGGAUCCAACAUGGCGGAUCUGUCGUCCUUCACCUCAACAAAGGUGACCGGGUGUGGCUAGAGGUCGGGGACAGGUGGGGGUCAAACAUUCUAGGCGGAAGUCGGGCCGCUGACAACGCUUACCACAGCCAUUUCUCGGGGUUCCUUGUACAGGCAGAUUAAUGCGGUAGAAAAAAAUAAAUAUUAUAUUUGUGCACUGAA